AAAUCAACAUGCCCUCCCUCCCCUCCUUCGGGCAGGCAGACCGUCUGUGCUGUGUGUUCCCCUCCUAUAUGAGUAACGCCACCAUGUCCUCUGGCCAGGUCACUUGUGCCCUGCCCAACCCUGUCUCCUUACCAUCCACACCUGAACACCAGGAUUUCGUGGCGGUGCCCAUUAAGAUCUUUGUGAACGAGUCAGUGGAGCUGGCCACCAGGGAGUUCAAUUUCUACAACUGUUCAGCCACCGUGAGGAAAGCAGAGAGCACACCGUGAGUUU